AUGCCUAAGAAAAUAGCAAUCAUCGGCGCCGGACCCUCGGGCCUUGUCACAGCCAAAACCAUGCUCCAUAGUUUCCCCGGUACAUUCUCCCCCGUGAUCUUUGAUAGUCAGGAUCAACCAGGCGGUCUCUGGAACCACACUCCAUCCAAUUCAAAUGGGGCCAAGAAACGUGCGGUCACACUUGACCCUCAAAUGCCAACCAAUCUCAGUCGAUUCACCGUUGCCUUUUCAGAUUUUGCUUGGGAAUCGGUUAUUCAUGGCGAACCUCCCGUUUUCCCUCAGGCGAGACAGGUUGGUCGGUAUUUGAGUUGCUAUGCAGAUCGAUAUAUCCCGCAAGAUGUUUUUAGACUAGGAUGCAGAGUUGUGAAGACGGAACGAGAGGUUCAAGAUGGAGUUGCGAAGUGGAACGUCCAGUGGCUUCGGGAGAGUGGCUCACCGAGUGAAAGUAUGCGAUCAGAGCAUUUUGAUUUCCUAGUCGUUGCCUCGGGGUACUUCGCCCAGCAAUACAUUCCCAGCAUACCAGGGCUAGAGAAGUUCUCAGGUCCAGUCAUCCACAGCUCUACCCUUCAUCAGCAGCGGGAGAAUUUACUGCAAGUCCCUGAAAACAAUAUUAGCAAAGGAAAGACCCUCGUCAUUGGUGGUAGCAUGUCAGGCGUCGAAGCCGCAUCUGCUGUAGUUCUCAGUCGAUCCUCUUCCAUGCUUUCUGCAAAUGAAAUCCCCAGUAUGAGCAAUCAGGUGCACCAUAUAUACUCAAGGCCUUUCUGGACUCUACCAACCUACCUCCCUCAUGGUUCAGAGGAAACACCAUUCUUUCAACCACUGGACUUGGCCAUGUACGAUCUAGGCCGCCGACCCCCAGGACCAAUAGAGUAUUACCUGGGUCCCAUCCCCGAGGAAAAAGCAGCCAAGACAAACAUCUAUUUCCAGAGUUUGCUUGGAAGUGACUACGAGAAAUACGCGCACAUGUCUGCGCCGGGACAAACACAAAUUCAGCCUCCCUGGGUUGCCAUCAGCAAUGAUUACGCCGAGUUCGUUCGAUCUGAAAGCAUUGUAGCUUCAAUGGGCCGGGUGAUCUCCGUGCAACCCGAUGAUGUCGGUCUCGCUGCUGUACAGUACACCGAGCCAAAUGGGCAGGUCCAGACUAUAAUUAACGUCGCGGCGAUCGUUAUGGCCACUGGGUUCACUCCAUUCAAGUCUCUCUCGCUGCUACCGGAGGACGUGCUGUCUCAACUUGAAUACUCCGCUACAGAUCCUUUCUCUCCGUUGAUUCUCGACAAAGGAAGCACCGUACGCUCGGAAAUCUCCGAUAUAGGAUUUGUCGGGUUCUACCGAGGCCCGUAUUGGGGUGUCAUGGAAAUGCAAGCGAGAUUUCUCGGCAAGCUGUGGUCUGGCAAUGACAUAGUCUACACAAAAGACCAAACACAAAGCAUUCGCAGUCUCAGGGCUGCCGAUGCAGAUCUAGCACGUGGCCAGUUUCCCAUGGGCGACUAUGUGGGACUGAUGGAGUCCUUCGCCGAUGACAUGGCUAUUAGUCGCUCGGUUCUGGGAGAGGAUAGGUCUGGACCUGCUAUUCCUGCUCGGUAUCUGUAUGACACGUUAACGGAUACUCGGACAUUUUCAGCAAAUGAAGCAGAUAAAACAGUGAAUGCAUUGCGUGAUGCACUUAUGCAUGAUGGAGAGGUAGCGCAGAAGGCUGCUGCAUCGGCCAUUUUCCGAGCUUUGCAUGGAUUGUGGAAACCCAGGCAAGCAGAGAUUGGAGAUAGAUCUGGGAAUCUAGUCUUUUACCCGCGACACCCUACGAAUCCAGCUUAUAAUAGGGAGUAUGUAUGUGUUGAAACACGUGUAUCGACGACUGGACAGGGAACUUCUCAAAAGGUGCGAUCCAUCAUGCGCUUGGCGGAAACGGGGUCUCGCGCAGCCACGUCUGAGAUUGAGAUGUGGUCGGUGGACUUGGCAGACGGGGUAUCCGCUGGUGAAAUGUCCGAAUGUUGGCAUUUGACGCCUCUUCGUCAUGAAUUGAAAGGGGAAGAGCGCGUUCCCGGGAAGUAUAUGAUAUUAGCCAAGAGCAUUGGCUUUGAAAGCAUCUAUUGGUAUACCUUCCACUUCGAAGGUGUUUCUAUCUCAUCCUGGGAGUGUGCGGAAUUGGAAAUUCCGACUGAAGACAAGACGGAGCUUGAUAGUGGAAAGAACUAUAGAUCACAAACUGUCUAUGAGAGAUAG